GUGAAAACACAUUCUUCUGCGGAGUAGGUUAGGCUACGUUCGUUUGGAUGCACUAGUUGAUACUAUGGCUCGCUCUAAGGAUUACUCGCAUCCUACUGAAGAUGGAUCCAAGUCAAAGACUCCGCUCUUUUGGAAGAUCGCUACUGUCGUGCUCUUGAUUCUUUGCAUUGCUUUUCUCAUAGCUUUGAUUGUAGUUGCUGUAAAGUUGARUGAAGCUAGUAAGCGUGRCCAAGGAGAACCCAAUGCAGAUAGUUUUGCAGCUAAGCCUUGCGCCUCUGAGGCACCCGGAGUACAAAUAUCUCGCAAGUCAUCGCGAAUCUUCGAAGACUUGAGUGCAGACGAGAUUUUGGCUGUUCGUGACUACCUGUAUGCAGACAAGGAUCUAAAUAUGACACGCUACGAGAAGGCUUCAGUCGGGGACAACUACAUUUAUUUCAUCAAGCUACGACCACCAUCAAAAACCGACGCCCUCAAGUACCUUGACAACAAGACACCCACCAAGCCACAACGAGAAGCAAUAGUUUCCGUGUACGCUGGGGCAAGGAAGCCUAACCCUGUAGUCGAAGAAUACAUAGUUUAUCCCGCAAAUAACCCAACUGGUCAUCGAAAGAAUAGCGUUCCAGGUCAACGUUAUCCUAUUCCUUUUGAUUCGCGUCCGUUUGACGAAACCAUCGAAGCGAGAGAGAUUACCAAGUUGAUCCGCCAAGUCACUGACAAGGUUAACGAUCUAAUAUUAGAAAGCUAUGGUGGGUAUACCUACAAAGCCAACUGCUCAGAAAAAUGUCUUACCUAUAUGUAUGCAUCUCCCAUGGGUUUUACUAGUGACACUAGGAAAACAUGGUUUUGGAUGUUGAGGAAUAUGGCUGGAAAAUACGAAAACCCGUUGAAUUUUGAAGUAUACAUUAACCACAAAGGAUCUGAUGUCUCGAAAUGGAAAGUCGAGCAGAUUGUUUACAAUAACCAGUCAUUCCAGUCUGCAGACGACCUACUCAAUGCAUACAAAGCCAAGACUUUAAAAAUAAGCAAAAUACCAACUCCUCCGAAUUCUGAUAAGUUAUUCUCGAGUUACGUUCAACGGGGUGACCCGCAACCUGCAAAGCCCUCGCGAGGACCCGAGCUCUACGAGCCGGAUGGUAAGAGGUACGCCGUGGACAACCGUCGUGUGGAGUACAUGGGCUGGGGAUUCGAGUUUCGAGUGGAUUCUGUCAACGGAAUGGAAAUCUAUGAUAUCAAGUUCAAAGGAGAAAGAAUCGUCUAUGAACUGAGUAUACAAGAAGCUAUCGCCACCUAUACUGGCUACUUCCCCUCACAGAGCUACAUGUACUAUUUAGAUGGGAAUUGGCGGCUUGGGAUGAGCAGCUUCGAACUUGUCCCUGGUAUUGAUUGUCCAAAGACUGCUACUUUCUUCAACCUUACUCAUAUGAUAGGAACAGCUAGUGCGUUGACGAUGAAAAACAGCGUCUGCGUCUUUGAACAAAACACAGCCAUACCACUGAGACGACACUACGACAGCGACUUUGAGGGCAGCUAUCACUUCUAUGGCGGCAUGGCAGACAACGUCCUUGUGCUUCGUACAGUUCCAACUGUUUACAAUUACGAUUACGUGUGGGACUUUAUUUUCUACCAAAAUGGCGUCAUGCAAGUCCGUCUGUCAGCCUCUGGUUACGUCAUGGGCACGUAUUACACCGAUGACGUCAAACCCUACGGAUAUAAAAUAUCUGAGUAUGGAACUUCUACUACGCAUGAGCACUUGAUUAACUUCAAGGUCGAUAUGGAUGUACUGGGAACGGAGAACUCGUACGAGACGAUAGAGAUUGGAACAGAGAAAAUCGCAAGCCGUUGGCUGACAAACUUCACGCGCGUGCAGAAAGUGCUGAAACCGAUGACCAGAAAGACGGAAGCGGAAGCUGUUUACAAGUUCAACUUCGACACGCCUACUUACUUGAACUUUUACAACGAGGGGAUGAAGAACAAGAUGGGUGUACGACGAGGAUACAGGAUACAGAAUAAUGGCAUGACGAAGAUGUUGUACCCUGAAGACUGGAUGUUGGAGCCGAUGAUCAGCUGGGGACAGUACCAGAUGGCUGUCACCAAAUAUAAAGACAAUGAAAGGUACAGUUCAUCACCUUACAACCAGAACUCCUGCAACGACCCUCAAGUGGACUUUAGAAAAUACAUCAAUGACAACGAGAGUAUUGUCAAUCAAGAUCUCGUUGCCUGGGUAACUAUCGGUAUGAUGCACAUACCGCAUUCGGAGGAUAUCCCUAAUACAGCCACCGCGGCUAACACAGCCAGCUUCUUCAUCCGACCUUUCAACUAUUUUGACGAAGAUCCAUCCAUUGGUUCCACCAAUGCCAUCCUCAUGCACCCUGAGAAAAGUGGCCCCAAGGUAGCGCGUUAUGGCACACCAACGGGACCAGUUUGCUACCCGAGGAAUGAUACCGUGGAAUUUAACGGCUUAUACGGAUAGAACGAGUUCAAAUCUUUUCUUUUUCUUCACAUUACAAUGAUGACGAUUCGAACGGACAGGGAAGGUUAACUUGUUCUUUUGAUACGUGUAUUUGUUACAACGUAUUUGUUACGCAUUCGGUACGUAUUAGGUAC